UCCCAGCCCUCUCUCUCUCCACGAGUCUUGGUGAGAGACAAGGAGAGACUUUACUUUUCCAGUUGUUGUGUGCCUCUUUAGUGGUGUCUGAGUGUAAGAGAAACCAACAAAGCUUCUUCUUCUUUCCUUCCCCUUCUCCCUCUCUCUCUCUCUCUCUCUUUCUGUCCUUCCCUCCAAGAUUACAUGCAUGAAACAAUAAGGCAUUUCUUUGAGAUCACAUUUAAGCCUCCCAUGUUCAUCUACACUAAUGAUUACAUGUUGGUUUCUGAUUUAAGCACCCAUUUUUCUGGGUUUUUUUGGAUCACAAAGUAUUACAAUUAUUCCUUCUAUCCCUAAAUCUCUCUCUCUCUCUCUCUCUCUCUCUCUCUCAACAUUGUCCAGCCAUUUUCAAGUUUAUUGGAAGAGUUACAAUUUGCAGCUCUCUUGAUUUUUGAAUGGUGACUGAAGCUUUCUUGGAAUCAAACAACACUGCUCCUGAACUUCUUAUUAUUGUCUCCCACUCAAUAGCCAAGCACAUAGGCAUGACCUACUUCUUUGUACUGCAAUGUUCUUGUAAGGGCAUGUUAGACUGUUGCAGAUUGAUAAUUGCUCCUUUGAAGUAAAGGGGGGGAAAAACUCUCAAAGAUGAAGUUCAUGAAACUCGGGACACGCCCAGAUACCUUCUAUACAGAAGAGGCUACAAGGUGUGUGAUAUCGGACAUACCUAGCGAUCUUGUUAUUCGAGUCAAUAACAUUAGUUACCUUCUCCAUAAGCUGCAGUUUCCACUUGUUCCCAAAUGUGGUUUUUUGCAAAGACUGUGUCCAGAUCCUGAUGAUUCAAGUAUUGUUACUAUAGAGCUUCAUGACCUUCCUGGAGGAGAAGAAGCUUUUGAGCUUUGUGCAAAGUUUUGCUAUGGCAUUACUAUCAAUCUCAGUGCACAUAACUUCGUGCCUGCAUUUUGUGCAGCUAAGUUCCUUAGAAUGACUGAAUCAAUUGAGAAGGGAAAUUUUGUUCUGAAACUUGAAGCAUUUUUCAGUUCUUGCAUUCUUGAAGGCUGGAAGGAUUCUAUUGUCGCGCUGCAGACCACAGCCAAGUUGACUGAGUGGUCAGAAAAUCUUGGAAUCAUCAGAAAAUGCAUCGAUUCGAUUGUCGAGAAAAUCCUCACACCCCCAGCAAAGGUCACAUGGUCCUAUACAUAUACCAGACCGGGAUUCAAGAAGUCUCAGAAAUCUGUCCCAAAAGAUUGGUGGACAGAGGACAUAUCAGACCUUGACAUAGAUCUUUUUCGAUGUAUAAUCACAGCAAUCAGAUCAACAUGUAUGCUGCCUCCACAGCUUAUAGGCGAAGCCUUGCACGUAUAUGCCUGUCGUUGGUUGCCAGACACUACAAAAAUUAGGACAGAAGAAACUUCAGUCUCUCAAACUGAACAGGUUACAGAAAAGAACAGAAAAAUUCUUGAAGCCAUUGUAAGUAUGAUUCCAUCAGACAAAGGAUCAGUUUCAGUUGGUUUCUUGCUAAGACUUCUUAGUACUGCAAAUUAUUUAGUCACAUCUCCUGUUGUAAAGACAGAACUAAUAAGGAAAUCUAGUCUGCAAUUGCAUGAGGCUACAAUUAAUGACUUGAUAUUUCCUUCACAUUCAUCCUCCAAUCAACAUUACUAUGAUAUUGAUUUGGUUGCGACUGUUAUAGAAAGUUACUUGAUUUUAUGGAGAAGACAAUGGCCUGAACCAGCUCAAAAUACAGAGCUUGUAAGAUCAAUUAGAAAGAUUGGAAAGCUUACUGACUCUUACCUUCAAGUUGUUGCAAGGGAAAAGAACAUGCCUGUGUCAAAAGUAGUAUCACUUGCUGAAGCUUUGCCUGAUAUUGCAAGGAAAGAUCACAAUGACCUUUAUAAGGCUAUCAACAUUUAUCUCAAGGAGCAUCCUGAUCUAAGCAAAGCAGACAAGAAACGACUCUGCAGGAUUCUGGACUGCCAAAAACUGUCCCCAGAGGUGCGAGCACACGCAGUGAAGAACGAGCGGUUGCCAUUGAGAACGGUCGUUCAAGUCCUGUUCUUUGAACAAGAGAAAGGUUCCAUCAGAGCAGCAACUGAUCAUAGAAUGCUAACCCAGGAGCUAUUCUCUAGAGGGAACCAAAUGCAAAUAUCAGAAGAAGACUUAAAUAAUAAGCUACAGCGAGGUGCAGUUGAUCAAUCCAGCAGCACAAGAGACCACAAUAAAAAAAAGAAAAGAGCUGAUAAAAAGUUGCAUCCAUCAGAAUCUGAAGGGAAAACUAUUAGGAGCGGAGAAAUAGAAGAAGCAGAGUCAAAGAAAGGAAAAGAAGCCAGAGAAGAAGGAAGUUCUGGAAGCAAAUUAGAUCCAAAGAAGAUAUUGCAAAGCAGAAGUAGAUCAAACCAUGGCCGUGAUAAAAGUAGAGAUGGAUAGUUGAAAAACAUAUAUUUUUAUUCUUAUUAUUAUUAUCAAAUUUAUUUUCUUUUUUUUUUUUUUUUUGCAUUGUGUAAUUCAUUUCUUUAUGUAAGAAAUGUUUUAAUUCUCAAAACUAGUUUAUCCA